AUGGUCAAGGUUCUCGUCUUGUUUUACAGUACUUAUGGUCACAUUUGGCAAAUGGCUGAGGCUAUUGCUGAAGGAGCUAAACAAGUAGAGGGAGCUGAGGUGCAUGUGAAGAGAGUUCCAGAAACAUUGCCUGCUGAAAUUUUGGAGAAGAUGGGUGCUACUCAAGCUCAAAAGGCUUUCGAACACAUUCCAGUCGCCACUGUGAGUGAACUCGCAGACUAUGACGCCGUCAUCUUUGGAAGUCCAACUCGAUUCGGAACCAUGUCUGGCCAACUCAAGUCCUUCAUUGAUGCUUGUGGUCAACUCUGGGCUAAGGGUGCUCUCGUUGGAAAAGUUGGUUCCUUCUUCUCUUCCAGUAACUCUCAACACGGAGGUAAUGAAACCACCAUUUUGACUUCCAUUCCAAACUUGUUGCAUUUAGGAUUUGUCUAUGUUGGUCUCCCUUACAGUUGUACUCUUCAAUCGGGUGUGGAUGAAGUGAAGGGAGGAAGUCCCUAUGGCGCCACUACGAUUGCCGGAUCGAUGGGAGAACGACUUCCAUCAUCGCAAGAGAAGGAAAUGGCCAAAUUCCAAGGUAAUCAUGUUGCUCAAAUUGCCAAGAAGUUGGCUGCCAAGUAA